CAGGUUGGCUCAGCAUGUCGGUCAGCGUCCAUGAGACCCGCAAGUCGCGGAGCAGCACAGGCUCCAUGAACAUCACACUGUUCCACAAGGCCUCGCACCCCGACUGCGUGCUGGCACACCUCAACACACUGCGCAAGCACCGCAUGUUCACGGAUGUCACGCUCUGGGCCGGCGACCGCGCCUUCCCCUGCCACCGCGCCGUGCUGGCCGCCUCCAGCCGCUACUUCGAGGCCAUGUUCAGCCACGGCCUGCGGGAGAGCCGUGACGACACGGUCAACUUCCAGGACAACCUGCACCCCGAGGUGCUGGAGCUGCUGCUGGACUUUGCCUACUCGUCCCGCAUCGUCAUCAACGAGGAGAACGCAGAGUCGCUGCUCGAGGCGGGCGACAUGCUGCAGUUCCAUGACGUGCGUGACGCAGCCGCCGAGUUCCUGGAGAAGAACCUGUUCCCGUCCAACUGCCUGGGCAUGAUGCUGCUGUCGGACGCCCACCAGUGCCGCCGGCUCUACGAGUUCUCGUGGCGCAUGUGCCUGGUGCACUUCGAGGCCGUGCGGCAGAGCGAGGACUUCAACAGCCUGUCCAAGGACACCCUGCUGGACCUCAUCUCGAGUGAUGAGCUGGAGGCGGAGGAUGAGCGCGUGGUCUUUGAGGCCAUCCUGCAGUGGGUCAGGCACGACCUGGAGCGGCGCAAGGCCCACCUGCCCGAGCUGCUGCGUGGCGUGCGGCUGGCCCUGCUGCCGUCCGACUGCCUGAAGGAGGCCGUGUCGGGCGAGGCCCUGCUCAUGGCCGAUGAACGCACGCGGCUCAUCGUGGACGAGGCGCUGCGCUGCAAGGCCCGCAUCCUACAGAACGACGGCGUGGUCACCAGCCCCUGUGCCCGGCCGCGCAGGGCCGGACACACGCUGCUCAUCCUCGGGGGCCAGACCUUCAUGUGUGACAAGAUCUACCAGGUGGACCACAAGGCCAAGGAGAUCAUCCCCAAGGCGGACCUACCCAGCCCCCGCAAGGAGUUCAGCGCCUCGGCCAUCGGCUGCAAGGUCUAUGUGACAGGGGGCCGGGGCUCCGAGAACGGGGUCUCCAAGGACGUGUGGGUGUACAACACCGUCCACGAGGAGUGGUCCAAGGCAGCACCCAUGCUCAUCGCCCGCUUUGGCCACGGCUCGGCCGAGCUGGAGAACUGCCUGUACGUGGUCGGAGGGCACACGUCCCUGGCUGGGGUCUUCCCGGCCUCGCCGUCUGUCUCCCUGAAGCAGGUGGAGAAGUACGACCCCGGGGCUAACAAGUGGACGAUGGUGGCCCCGCUGAGGGAUGGCGUCAGCAAUGCUGCGGUCGUGAGUGCCAAGCUGAAGCUCUUUGUCUUCGGGGGGACCAGCAUCCACCGGGACAUGGUGUCCAAAGUCCAGUGCUACGACCCUGCAGAGAACCGGUGGACAAUCAAGGCCGAGUGUCCCCAGCCUUGGCGGUACACUGCUGCCGCCGUCCUGGGCAGCCAGAUAUUCAUCAUGGGAGGCGACACGGAGUUCACAGCUGCCUCGGCCUACCGCUUCGACUGCGAGACCAACCAGUGGACGCGGAUCGGGGACAUGACUGCCAAGCGCAUGUCCUGCCACGCCCUGGCCUCGGGCAACAAGCUCUACGUGGUGGGGGGCUACUUCGGGACCCAGCGGUGUAAGACCCUGGACUGCUAUGACCCCACCUCGGACACGUGGAACUGCAUCACCACCGUGCCCUACUCGCUCAUCCCCACAGCCUUUGUCAGCACCUGGAAGCACCUGCCCGCAUGAGGCGCACCUGUAGAGCCCAACCAGACGACGUGUGUUUCUCCCCACCCCACGGCUGCAGCCCUCACUGUUGCACGGUGGCCCUGACCCUGUCUGCCAUGGUGGGAAGCUCAGCCCGGCCCCAGGCCAGUACUCCGAGCAGCUGGAAGUCGGCCCCACCAGCUCUGGGCGGCUUCGGGGGCUGCUCUGAGCUUCAGAGAAGAAAAUCCAUCUCCAGCGCCCUGUGUGUCUGGCUGAGGCCUUUCCUGCUUUGCAGUGGUUUG